CUCAUCACCUCACUCACUCACUCACUCCCAUCCAACACCCGACGAAGUCCCUACAAAGCCUUCAACUUCAAGCCGCUGAUACAGCCAACUAGCCAAGGGAGGGAGAAGGGAGAGUGGGAGAGAGAGACAAGCAAGAUGACGACGAUGGCGGCUGUCCGGUGGUGGGCGUUGGUCGUGGCGGUGGCGGCGGCGGCGACGGUGGCGGGCGGCGACAUGAACGCGGACAGGACGGAGUGCGCGGACCAGCUGGUGGGUCUGGCGCCGUGCCUGCAGUACGUGCAGGGGCAGGCGCGGGCGCCGCCGCCCGACUGCUGCGGCGGGCUCCGGCAGGUGCUGGGGAAGAGCCCCAAGUGCCUGUGCGUGCUGGUCAAGGACAAGGACGACCCCAACCUUGGCAUCAAGAUCAACGCCACCCUCGCCCUCGCCCUCCCCUCCGCAUGCGGCGCCACCCGCGCCAACGCAUCCCACUGCGCCCAGCUCCUGCAUAUUCCUCCGGGAUCGAAAGACGCCGCCAUCUUCAGCCCCGGCGGCGACAAGGGCUCCUCUGCUGCCCCAGCCAAGGACAACUCGACGGCGACGACCGACUCGCACGCGCUGCAGUCGACCAACGGAGGCGGCGGCGGCGUCUCCACGGCGGCGACCGCCGGCGUUGCACUCACGGCGGUGCUCGCGGGCUACCUUCUCCUGCUCGUGCCGGAGCUGUCGCCAAGCUCAUUCUAGACCUCUGUCAAGUGCCACCAGAAAUCGCCGGGAUGUGUUAUGUUGUAGUAGUUCGUGACAGACAAUCUGUUUCGCGUUGGUGCUGUGUUGUUUGUGUUAUGUUGUAGUAGUUCGUGACAGACGAUCUGUUUCGCGUUGGUGUUGCGUUGUUUCCCUGUUAUGCUACUGGUAUUAAGCGUACGGAGUGUGUAAACAAGCUAAACGAAUGGGUUUGGCUAGCCUGGAUUUAUGCCAGUGCCUCUGGUUUCGGAUCCUAAG